CGGAGUAACACAUCCCACCAUGAAAUCUGAAGCCAAGGACGCGGAAGAGGAGAGCCUGCAGACUACUUUCAAGAAGCUAAGAGUGGACGGGGCAGGGAGAGGCCAAUCCUCGAGUAAUGUACAACUGGGAGCAGGAGAGCCGGGAGCCCAGGAGCAGCUGUCUGGAUCAGAUCUGCACACAAGAUCUCCUGGGAACAGGCAGGGAAGAAGUGGCAGCCACGGAGGAAGUCGGGGCUGUCAGAAGCCAGAGAAUACAUUUUGGAUUUUACUUCAUCAGAGGUUUGGGCCCAGUACCACAUAG